AUGGAUGGGGAGCAGCCUGCGAAGCGCGCGCGGACCGCCGCGCCCGCCGCCCCGGCGGCUUCGGCGGCGGCUGCGGCGGCGGCGGCGGCUUCGGGCUUUGUGCCAGGAAUGAUGCCGUUUGGCCUGGACCCCUCCAUGAUGUCCAUGGCGCAAUUCGCGCCCUUCGCUCUGGCCGGGAUGACAGGCCCCUUGGCGCACUUCGGAGCCACGAUGUCAGCGCCCACCGUGCCCGUGAUGGGCUCUUCCAUGUCGGCGGCCACGCUGGCAGCUGCGCCCAAGCUGGCGGCGACGCCGGCGGCGGCAGCGGCGGCGGCGGGUGCGCUCUCCGUGCGCCCGGCGAUGGCGGUCGCGGCGGUCCCGGCGAUGCAACGCGAGCGGCGUCCCCCCGAGACGCGAAGCCCUACGGAGAUCAAGGAGACCCUUCUUCGGCUUGGGUGCAGCAUCACCAACCUCUCCCCCCGGCAGAUGGUCCUGGUGCUGCAGGAGACAGAAGCCCAGGUGCGGCGCGCCGAGAAGACGAAGACGCUGGAGCGGCACCAGGACCAGCGGCUCCUGAGCUGCUUCACGGAGGGCCUGGCGCCGGGCCCCGAGGCGCUCCUGAGGAUGCUAGAGGCCGGCUCAGACCCCAACACCAUCUCCACCGGCGGAGGUAGCGGCUUCGCGCCCAACAUGACGCCGCUCUUGGCCGCAAGCAGCUGGGGUAAGGUGGACGAGGUUCGUUUGCUGCUUGCGGCGGGAGUGGACACGACGGUCACCACGCCCAACAUGCGGCAGACCUGCAUGCACCUGGUGGCCGGGGGCAACAUCGAGCGCUGGGGCGCGGAGAAGACCAUGGGCCUCCUGAGGCUGCUGGUGGACAAGGCUCCGGAGCUGCUCACGGUGAAGAACGCCAUGAACAAGACCCCGCUGGACUGCGCAAAAUAUGAGAAGAAGCGUCAGCAAGCGGCGUACUUGCAGAAUUUGCCCCACUGA